AUGCAGUGCGGUGAUUUUUUCCCACAUGCUUGUCGAUCCCACCCCGUGUUUUCCUCAUGGCAGGUGAGGGAAGAGAGCCGGCCGUCCAUCCAGCAAGUACGCGAGGUGCUGAUGUCAGCAGUGGGCGUGGAGGGCGGGGAGGUGUACGAGAGUGGCAGCGUGGUGGGGUACGGUGAUGGGGAGAGUGACACCACCAUGAGCCAUCUGGACGAAGGGCUUGUGACCAGGCGUGCAGCAGACCACGCUGCACUAGAGUCCGCUGCUGCUGCUGUGCUCGCUGCUGUGGCUGCUGGCGGGGCUGCCAGGCAGACUCUGGAGGUUUAUGAUGGGAGGGUGCAUGGGCAGGAGCAAGCCCGGCAGCAGGAAGGGGAGGGGGGAGCGGGGAGGUCGGUGGCAUCCGCAGCAGAGUUGGUGGCCACAUACGGCACUGGAGGGCCCCCCUGCCCUCCACCACUACUGCGGUACAGCCCCACAGCCAACUGCCCGUACCGCUGCAGCAGACCCAGGAAUAGACUCUUGAAUGAGCCUCCCACGAACUCUGCCUCCAGCACCAGCUCUCUCCUGAGUGGUGCACAGCGGUGCCGAGGGUUGGGGUGGGAGUUGGACGAGGAGGUGCUGGUAAGGAGAGCGUGGAAGGAGCAGGUGCGGCAGUGUUAG